AUGUUAUUCUCAUAUUCCACCAAGCAAAUUAAAAAAUUUAAUUGUAAAUUAUUGGAUAUUGAUCAAUGUGAAUUAGUAUUGAAACAAUCUGAUAAUGAUAGUGAUUUACUAUUAAUUGGUUAUUGUGUUGGAAAAUGUGAACAACGACAAGCUGCAUCAUCGAAUGAAAUUUAUUCGAUCAGUAUUGAAGAAAGAAAAACAAUUAUUAAUAAAUUAAUUCGUAGUGCUAAAUAUCGUUUUCGUGUUUGUGCAGAAAAUAAAUGUUGUCGAUCAGAACCAUGUGAAACUAUUGAACCAAUAGUUUUUCAGAGUUCGUUUGGUAACAUAUUAUUUUAG